GUCAAUUUUUCUUCUUGCUUCAUUACAGCGUCAUUCAGUUGCCUUACACCAGCAAUGGAAUUCAAAUAGCACCUUACGGGCGCAACAUCCGCCUGGUGGCCAAGCUCAUGGAGAUGGAGCUGGUUGUCAUGUGGAACAACGAUGACUAUCUCAUGGUUUUGACUGAAAAAAAAUAUAUGGGGAAAACCUGUGGAAUGUGUGGAAAUUAUGAUGGUUACGAAUUGAACGAGUUUGUGAAUGAAGGUAAAGUGCUGGAUACGUAUAAGUUUGCUGCAUUACAAAAAAUGGAUGAUCCAUCAGAGAUCUGCCUGUCUGAGGAGAUACCAAUUCCUACCGUUCCUCACCAAAAAUACGCCGUGAUCUGCUCUCAGCUACUCAACUUGGUGUCACCAACCUGCAGUGUGCCAAAGGAUGGGUUUGUCACCCGCUGCCAGCUCGACAUGCAGGACUGCAGCGAGCCAGGACAAAACAACUGCACUUGCUCUACGCUGUCAGAGUAUUCAAGGCAAUGUGCUAUGUCCCAUCAAAUGGUGUUCAACUGGAGAGCUGAAAACUUCUGCUCUGUGGGAAAAUGUUCUGCCAACCAAAUCUACGAGGAAUGUGGUUCUCCGUGUAUUAAAACCUGUUCCAACCCGGAGUACAGCUGUUCCAGUCACUGUACCUAUGGUUGCUUUUGCCCAGAAGGAACUGUUCUUGAUGACAUUUCAAAGAAUCGAACGUGUGUUCACAUUAGCCAUUGUCCAUGUACACUGAAUGGGAAAAUAUAUGCUCCGGGAGAGACGAUGAAAGCAGCAUGUAGGACCUGUGUGUGUAUGAUGGGUCAGUGGAACUGCAGAGACUUGCCCUGCCCAGGGAGGUGUUCGCUGGAAGGAGGCUCCUUUGUUACCACGUUCGAUUCUAGAUCAUACAGGUUCCAUGGGGUUUGCACUUACGUUCUUAUGAAGAGCUCCAGCCUGCCACACAAUGGAACCCUAAUGGCUGUAUAUGAAAAGUCUGGUUAUUCUCCUUCUGAGACAACCCUUAGUGCUGUAAUCUACUUAUCUACAAAGGACAAAAUUGUGAUUUCUCAGAAUGAACUCCUUACUGAUGACGAUGAACUUAAGCGGCUACCUUACAGAUCAGGUGACAUCACUAUCUUCAGACAGUCCUCAAUGUACAUUCAAAUGUACACAACCUUCGGGCUGGAACUUGUAGUUCAAACGUCACCUGUGUUCCAGGCCUAUGUGAAAGUUGGAUCCCAAUUCAAAGGCAGAACCCUGGGUUUGUGUGGCAAUUACAAUGGAGACACUACAGACGACUUCCUGACUAGCAUGGAUAUCACCGAAGGGACAGCUUCCCUGUUUGUGGAUUCCUGGAGGGCAGGAAAUUGCCAUCCUGCUUUAGAGAGAGAUACUGACCCUUGUGCUUUGAGUCAGCUGAACAAAAUAUCUGCUGAGACUCAUUGCUCCGUUCUUACCAAGAAGGGUACAGUGUUCGAGAAAUGCCAUGCUGUGGUGAACCCCCUUCCUUUCUACAAGAGAUGCGUCUACCAAGCCUGUAAUUAUGAAGAGACUUUUCCUUACAUCUGUUCUGCUCUGGGAUCGUAUGCACGAACAUGCAGCUCAAUGGGUUUGAUCCUUGAGGGCUGGAGAAACAGCGUGGACAAUUGUACCAUUGCUUGUGCUGCCAAUCAAACAUUCAGCUACAACACCCAGGCAUGUGACAGGACGUGCUUGUCACUCUCCAGCCGAGCCCUGGAAUGUCAUCCGACUGACAUCCCGAUCGAAGGCUGCCACUGUCCGAAAGGGACCUACCUGAACCACAAGAACGAGUGUGUUCGUAUCUCUCACUGUCCCUGCUAUUUAGAAGAUAGAAAGUACAUCUUGCCUGACCAGUCAAUAGUAGCUGGUGGGAUUACCUGCUACUGUGUUAAUGGGAGACUAAGCUGCACAGGCAAACCUCAAAAUCCUGCAGAAAGCUGCAAAGCUCCUAAGAAGUAUAUUUCAUGUUCUGACAGUUUAGAAAACAAGUAUGGAGCUGCAUGUGCCCCUACCUGUCAGAUGCUGGCUACUGGAAUUGAAUGUAGACCCACUAAAUGUGAGUCGGGCUGUGUCUGUGCCGAUGGGCUGUAUGAAAAUCUCGACGGCAGGUGUGUUCCAGCUGAGGAGUGUCCAUGUGAAUAUGGUGGUCUUGCGUAUGGAAAAGGUGAACAGAUCCAAACGGAAUGCGAGAUCUGCACAUGCGCAAAAGGCAAAUGGAAAUGUGUUCAGAAAUCAAAGUGUUCCUCAACGUGUAAUCUGUAUGGAGAAGGCCACAUCACCACUUUUGAUGGACAGCGUUUUGUGUUUGACGGCAACUGUGAAUACAUAUUAGCUAUGGAUGGCUGCAGUGUUAAUAGACCUGUUUCCUCUUUCAAAAUCGUUACUGAGAAUGUCAUCUGUGGGAGGACAGGGGUUACAUGCUCCAGAUCCAUCAGCAUUUACUUUGGGAAUUUGACAAUCAUACUGCGAGAUGAAACCUUCGCUAUUUCCGGGAAGAAUCCUCAAGUACGAUACAAAGUGAAGAAGAAUGCCCUUUACCUGAUGUUUGAUGUUGUUAUCCCAGGAAAAUACAACAUGACCCUUAUCUGGAAUAAGCACAUGAACUUCUUCAUCAAGAUCUCCAGAGAAACACAGGAAACGAUAUGCGGUUUGUGUGGGAACUACAACGGCAAUAUGAAGGAUGACUUUGAAACUCGAAGCAAGUACGUGGCAUCAAACGAAUUGGAAUUUGUCAACUCUUGGAAAGAGAAUCCUCUCUGUGGGGAUGUAUACUUUGUGGUGGACCCCUGUAGCAAGAACCCUUAUCGCAAAGCUUGGGCAGAGAAGACAUGUUCCAUCAUCAACAGCCAAGUCUUUUCUGCCUGCCACAAUAAGGUGAAUCGCAUGCCCUACUACGAGGCCUGUGUUCGAGACUCUUGUGGUUGUGACGUUGGAGGGGACUGCGAAUGCAUGUGUGAUGCCAUCGCUGUGUAUGCCAUGGCCUGCUUAGAGAAAGGCAUCUGCAUUGACUGGAGGACCCCUGAGUUCUGUCCUGUCUACUGCGAGUAUUUCAAUUCUCACAAAACAACAGGAAACAGUGAUGCCUAUUCCUAUGGCUACGACGGCAACUGCACCUGGCACUACAGGCCUUGUAACUGUCCAAAUCAAAACUACAAAUAUGUCAACAUUGAAGGCUGUUACAACUGCUCUUAUGAUGAAUACUUUGACUAUGAGAAGGAAAGGUGCAUGCCAUGUGUUGCGAUACCACUCCACCAGGCAAGUAUUGCAAGCUGGCUCACCAUCUGGCAUAAGACUCCAAAUCACGAAGCAGGAGAAGCAUGCUUCCAGAAAGGAGUUUGUAAACCAGAAACGUUCAGAAGCGUAGAUUGA